GUUAUGUUGUAUUAAUUACCAGGUUUUCUAGGUAAAUGGAAGUGGUUAUAUGAAUCAAAAAUGCGAUUUACGUUUGGCAAAUACAGGAGAGUCUUUAACAGUUGAACUGAUUAAUUAGGAUAUACGGACAUUUGAGACCUGAAGAAACGGAGAGAAAUUAUGCGUGAAUAGGGGGUUUACCUUUAAGAAGAUAGGUGCUAAUUUGUUUUCACUCCUUAAUUAGAGAAAAUGCAUCUAUUACCCCUGUGUUUGAUACUGUUGGAGGGACUCAUUUAUACAAAUGCGCAAUUCAUCCCACCAAGAGAUAGAAGAUUUAUGUUCAGAAACGGUCCCUUUAGGAGGUUCGGUCCACCCCCGCCAGGAGCAUUUCAAAGAUUUCCACCCUUUCCUUUUGGUCCUGGUACACUACGUAAUGCAAUCAACCAGCCUCCGCAGUUCUGGAAUAAUAACAGAAACGACAGAGCGAUUCCUGGACGACAAACGUCGGAAAGAAUGAAUUUCAAUAAUAAUAAUAAUAAUAAUAACAGAAAUACAGGUCCCUCCAACAAUAGGCAACCUAAUGAUUUAGUUAGACCUCCAUUUGGUGCGGUACAGCGAACACCAAAUUCAAAUCCCCCAAACAACCGUUUACCAAAUAACUUUGCACAGCAAAAUCAAAAUAGAUUUCUAAGACCAGCUAACAGAAACAAUCUGGAUACAUUGCGAAAUGAUUUUUCAAAUUUUCAGCAAAUGAGAAACAUACCCCAGUUUCCAGUCGAUUUAUUUGCCCGAAGAAAUUCGCAGUCUCGGGUGACUGGUAUUUCCCCAUUCAGUCAAACUUCCCCUUCAUUUGGACAAAAUAGACCAGGUACGACUCUCUCUGGUUCAACCGACAACUCGGCGACAUUUUCUCGGCAGCAACAGCAGCAGCAGCAACAACAACAGCAGCAACAACAACAGCAACAAUUGAUUGAUUUACAGCGUCAAAGAUUUCAGUUACAACAAUCUCUUUUAAGAAGACAACAGGCAUUAGAAAUGGCCCUUCAGCAACAGCAACAAGAACAAGUAGCUCCAGGCUCCCAAAUAAAUCAACAAACAGAAACACAGCCUGUGGCACAACCGGUGAAUCUAACUCCGGUGCCCCCAGUCGUUAACCCGUGGCAAAUUCCACCUAAUUCCUUACCUGUGUCAUCUACAAACAUCAUUCGUUCACUUCCAGCAGCCCCAGGAUCAUCAGAUACUAAUACCAAUCCUGUUCCACCAGCACUAGAAACAAUUCAGCCAGGAAGUGUUGGUCCAUCAAUGUCCGAGCAUACAAUUGAUGGACACCUUACAAAUCAGCAAGCUUUGGAGAGAUUUGGAUCUCCAGUUGCAACAGGGGAGACUGGCACCCUUGCUAACGGUGCAUCAGUUCCACGAAACCCUGAAAUAAGCCAUACCCUCAUCACUAUUAAAGAUGAAAAUGGCAACGUUAUCGCCGAAAGAUUAUUCGAAGAAGGCACACAAGAUGCAAUAAUUGAAGAGUAUAUAACUGAAGUGUCUUCUAACUUUACAAACAAAGUGAAUCAGGAGGCUAAUGCUGGAGGACCAUUUUCGUCCACCGGAACGGGAAGUUCGGGGAGCAUUCCAGCCCCUUCAGAGCCUGUGGUUCCUGCAAUUCCUCCAGUAGAUACUUUCAGUCCUACAGGAACCGGACAGGAACAGCCAAGUAGUGCAGCGGGAACACCAUCUGGAACAUCCUCAUCAACAGGAACAGAGCUUCAAAACCUGUUUGAAUCAUUCCUACAGAAUCCCUCGGGAUUUAGAGGUGUAUAAUAAAGGCCCGAGGCGCAGAAUUUAAAAGGUGGUGACAGGUUUCGUUGAUUUUUCCUUCAAGGGGAUGCAGUCUUAGAAAAACAGAGUUUCGAAUACAGAUAUACAUGUAUAAUUUAUUCUUGUCUAACUAUUACCAUUCUGAAUGGAUAGCACAGUAAGCGAUAUAAGUGAACGAUAUACACUCAAAGUGAAAUUUUAAUUCCAUAUUCAUGUCUGGCCUUUUUAGGUGAAAAACCUAAGGACACAAAUAAUUUGUUUGCUAGUAGCAUGUAAAUACAUUUUUCUCUUAAUUAACUUUAUAUCUCCAGAAUUACGCUUCAACACAGUACAUUUAUUUAGAACAUCAAAUUUCAUGAACAGGUUAUAAUUUGAGAAUUUUUUACUAUGUCAUAUAUCUUAUUCUUGAAAAAGAGUUCCAGAUAAAUUUCUUUGUAAAUUUAACUGAAAGUUUAGUCCUAACUAUUUAUUA